GCUUUCCUCAGUAAUCGAGGCCUGGUUCGAUUCUUUCGUGUUGGCGCGAGUGAAAUGCUGCGGGAAGCCGUGAUUUAUUGGUGAAAUUUUGUGAUUAUUGUGUUGUCAAGAGAAGAAAAGUGAAAAUCAAACAAUGGCGAGCCAGAUGAUGGGAAAUAUUCUGGACAAAGCCAGCUGGGAGAAGUUUGUGAAAAUACUGGCCAUGAAAUCGGCCCAGCUGAUCGUACAGGCGCGACUGGUCGAAAAACUCAAAACCGAGUGCAAUCCCAAGUCAUCCGGAAACGAUUGGUUCAACAUCGCCAUCGUCGAUCAGCCGGAAAUACUCGCCGAAACCAGAAAAGCGCUUCAGAUCAGCCAGCAUGAAUCGAUCAUUGCUCGGCUGCCGCUGUGCGUAGAAAUAUCCCUUCAAACCGUCGAAGGGGAUAAUAUGAUAUUGGAAGUGUGGUCACUAACGGUUCAAACAGAACAGUGCGAUCUACAAACGCGAGGCACCCACGCCAUCUACAACCGUAUGGGAUUGCUGCUGAAGUCGCUGCUAUCGGUGACCAGAGCAACGCCCGCCUACAGACUUUCGCGUCGCCAGAGCGCCGAUUCGUAUCACAUUUUCUAUCGGAUUUAUAUCGGUGAACCGCAGACCCAUCAGUUGGGCGAUGGUCACAAGCAGAUACGCGUCGGACAGUUGUGCACCCCGAUCGGAACGCUAGCCAUGGCCGUAGCCUACCGCACCAAGAUGACGAUUUCGCCCACGCAAACCGGCCGGGAUCAGACGAUUAUGCUGAAGAGCGACCACUUCCUCAAGGACAUUAGCCCGAAGCACCUUCGCUUCAACUAUAACAAAAAAUGUGAAAAGAAAAUUAUCGACCUGGACAAACCGAUGCGCUGUGGAGCCUUCGUGGACCCGUCCCGGGUCAAGCAGUACACCGAGGAGGAUUUUAUCCUACCAGAAACGCCACCGUUUCACUGGUUGCUCCCGAAACCCAAGGACGAUACCAGCUCCAUCAAGAGCGGAAACGACGAGGACCGCCAGUCGAUCAAUUCACCCACGACGGUGACGGCACCGGUCCCAGUUCCGGCGUCCCUCGGCGUCUCCGAUGAGAAUUCGUCCAACAAUGCCAACACAGUCAACAACAACAACCUCAGCAGCAACAACAGCCAGAAGGGAUCGUUCGAAUCGGCCGGCCCCAUGAACUUCCGGUUGUCCCAGUCGCCCAAAAGUGCUGGAGAGCCGGCGGCUACAGUGAGAGGUGCCGCCACCGGAUCAAAUUCCGGUUCACCACCGGCUUCGCUGGGAGGAGGAGAGUUCCGGAGAUCUUCCCGCUGGUCCAUCCGACAAACUGGACCCGAGGAUGAGCGGUUGCUAAAGGAGUUGCACUUUCCCUUCGCCGCCACGAACUCCCCGAUGGGUGAUCUGGCAAAGUUCUAUCGCGAAUGCUCGAACGCCCCACCACUGCAGGAGUUCAAUCAGCUGUCGAACGUGAUCAGCAAUGUCGACGACGAGGAGGCGGCCAAUGCCGAUGAUGCCGGCCGGAUAUUGACCGGUGCCGAUACGGUCGAAACCGAUGAGGAUGAGGCCGCCGUCGACGAUCUGACCCGGCAGUUGCAGCAGUUCGAAACGUCGCUGCCGGAGUUCGAAACCCUGGUCACCUCACUCUGCCAAUCGGUCGACAACAAUUCCAACAGUUAGGCGACUGAGGCCUAUUAAAAGGGGCCCUUUGGGAGGACCUCAUUUGGUAAAUGAUCCAGAAGACUGCAUCAGUAGGCGUUGCGCUCCUUGUUGUUAUACUUGUGUAAAAAACUUGUUAUCAAUCUCAUCGUCGUCGGCAUCAUCGUCGCAUAGUAGGCGCAGAUCGUUCGACAACGGGGGAUUUUCUUUGUAUCGUUUUUCGCCCUCCAGAUGGGUGGAAAACGCACGACUGAUUGAUGAUAUUCAUCUCUAAUUAAUAAGAUAAACCAAUGUUUUUUUCUGUUUAUUCUCUACCCCGUAUGAUGUUAGGAAUUCAGUAUAACUUUAGGCAUUAGGCAGUUUAACGCUAGGGAAAAUCACUGAUAAACGAUUGUACCAUCAAACUGCACACGGAUCGAGGGAAUCCAAUUUUGUCAAAGAAAAAACCCAAAAACUCAACCAAAUCAAAAAAUUAACCCUCAAUCCCGAACAGUCUGCCGGUACAAUCGAUCAGUCGAAUGGUUUCGAUUACAUUUAAUUUUAAUCAUAUUUUGUGGGUCAGGCUCAAAUUGUGUAUUGUCGCUAGUCUAGCGAAAUGCCGAAAAGAACAAGUUGGUUAGAGGUAGACAUACAAA